GCGGAGGAGGAGGAGGAGCGGGAGCGGCUGCGCCGCCGCCAUAGAUACUGUAGCCGUGGAGACUGUUACUUACCAACGGGGAGCGAGACGCAGCGGUACCGUCGGAGGCUCAGCCCGAACCCCAAGCCCAGCCGGUGAGAGGCGGCACCGCGGCCACCGCUGCAGAUCGCAGUUGUGCUUCCGGUAAAGAUGUUCUGCAGACAGGAAGAGGUGCAGGACUGGACAGUGAGAGACCUGAUGAUGCAGAAUUCAGAGGAUGGUAGAGAUUCGAUGACCUCUGGGGCACUCCGUUCAGCUGCUGCAGUACAGGCUCCAGUAGUGCAGCCUGUGCCAGCCUCUCAGCAGAGGGUUUUGAUCCAGUCUUCUGAGUCUGCUCCUAAAAUUGCACAUAUGCAGCAAAUCCCUGUACCCAGAGUUCAGCAGGUGCCACAGCAGGUCCAACCUGUACAACAUAUAUAUCCGACCCAGGUCCAGUAUGUGGAAGGAGACACUGUCUACACUAAUGGAACCAUACGAGCAGCCUAUACGUACAAUCCUGAAGCUCAGAUUUAUGCACCGAGCAGUGCUGCGUCCUACUUUGAGGCCCAGGGAGGUGGAGCCCAAGUGACUGCUGUGGCAGCCUCUCCUUCAGCAAUCCCCUCGCACAGUAUGGUGGGCAUCGCCAUGGAUGUUGGAGGAAGUCAGAUCAUCUCCAGCUCUGGAGCCUAUGUCAUUCACGGAGGAAUGGAUAACACUAGACAUUCUCUGUCACAGACGUCACGCUCAUCCCCAGCAACGCUUGAAAUGGCGAUUGAAAACCUCCAAAAAAAUGAAGGGAUUACAUCACACAAAAGCAGUUUACUCAACAGCCAUCUCCAGUGGCUGUUAGACAAUUACGAAACAGCCGAAGGUGUGAGUCUCCCCCGAAGUUCCCUGUACAAUCAUUACCUUCGACACUGCCAGGAGCAUAAACUGGAUCCUGUGAAUGCUGCUUCCUUUGGAAAAUUAAUUCGUUCUGUGUUUAUGGGACUGAGAACUCGAAGGUUGGGAACAAGAGGAAACUCCAAAUAUCAUUAUUAUGGGAUUCGUCUGAAGCCAGAUUCACCGCUAAAUCGACUUCAGGAAGACACCCAAUACAUGGCAAUGAGACAGCAACCCGCGCACCAGAAGCAAAGGUUUAGACCUGCUCAGAAGACAGAUGGUCUUGGGGACAGUGGAUCCAGUAGCAGCAUGCAAACCACUCCAGAGCAGUCUGUAGCUGCUCAGAGUCAGCACCAUCAGCAAUUCAUAGAUGUAGCCCAUGUCUUUCCAGAGUUUCCAACUCUUGAUUUGAGCAAUAUAUUAUUACAAGAGGAAAUCACUCUGAAUGACAUAAAGACUUUACAACUUCUUUAUAGGAGACACUGUGAGGCCACCUUGGAUGUAGUGAUGAAUCUUCAGUUUCAUUAUAUUGAGAAGCUGUGGCUGUCAUUCUGGAGUUCUAAACCACCAUCUAACGAGGACGGCUCCAUCCCCAUGCCUCCUAGUGAAGAACAUGAAGUUGUUAUCAUCCCAAAGGACAAACUUAUUGCAGUGUGUAAGUGUGACUCUGUUCUGAAAUGGAUGAGAAGCUGCGAUCACAUCCUCUACCAGACUCUGGUGGAGAUUCUCAUCCCGGAUGUGCUGAGACCUGUGCCCAGUACUUUGACACAGGCAAUCCGUAAUUUUGCAAAGAGUUUGGAAGGCUGGCUGACAAAUGCUAUGAGUGACUUUCCUCAACAGAUCAUCCAGACAAAGGUUAGUGUAGUAAGUGCCUUUGCCCAGACCCUGAGGAGGUACACUUCCCUGAACCAUCUGGCUCAAGCCGCCCGUGCAGUGCUACAGAACACUUCUCAGAUAAACCAGAUGCUCAGCGAUCUCAACCGAGUGGACUUUGCCAAUGUGCAGGAACAAGCCUCAUGGGUGUGCCAGUGUGAGGAGGGCCUGGUGCAGAAACUGGAGCAGGAUUUCAAGCUGACCCUGCAGCAACAGAGUUCUCUGGAUCAGUGGGCCAAUUGGCUGGAUAAUGUGGUCACCCAGGUUCUAAAGCACCAUGUGGGAAGGCCCAGUUUCCCCAAAGCAGCCAGGCAGUUUCUGCUGAAGUGGUCCUUUUACAGCUCCAUGGUGAUCCGCGACCUCACCUUGCGGAGUGCUGCCAGUUUUGGAUCCUUCCACCUGAUUCGCCUGCUGUAUGAUGAAUACAUGUUUUACCUGGUUGAGCAUCGGGUUGCUGAAGCCACAGGGGAGACGCCAAUUGCUGUCAUGGGCGAGUUCAAUGACCUUGCUUCCUUGUCAGUAACACUGCUGGAUAAAGAUGACCUCAGUGACCUCGGAAGUGAAGCAGAAGCAGAUUCCCAGAGCAUGAGUGAGCCACCGGUGAAGAGGGAGCUCAGUGACCCAAGCCACUCACUGCAGGAAAUCUAGCACUUUUAACAUGCUUUUAGCAGAAGAAAUUUCCAAACAUUUCAUAAAAUCUUGAAUUUAUUUUUUCUUGUUCUCAAGAUAUUAGUGCCUCUCUUAGUUUAUUUUUCUGUUUACUUCUCAAGAAAGGGCUGGAGAGGUGGCCCUAGUUAUAUAGAAAUAAUGUAGUAUUCUUAAAGGGGAAAGCAGUUUAUGAAGCAGGACAGAAAUGCAGAUUGGAAGUGGAGAUGGCAUCCUAUGAAAAGAAGUCCACCUCUAGGUCCACUCCUCUUGAAUGCAUUUUCUCCUCUGGCAUUGCAAGAUCCAGGGGCCAAGUCCAGAACAAAUUGAUAGUCAUAUUUGAGAUGACAAAAGUUUCAAGAGGAAUUUGCUUCAGUGUUUUAGGGUUCCCCUCAUCAUCAUCACAUAAAUGCACAUUCAUUCAUCUGUUCCCAGUUUUCACCAUGACUGCAAAGCAGGCAGAGCAGGGAAGGAAAGUGACCAUGUCCUCUGCUUCACCGCAUAUAUGCCUGUUAGACGUUAUUAUCCAGGUUGGUCACAUAGCUCACGCUCUAUAGCGAAGGUGAAAUGGUCUCUUUGUUUAUAAGUGAAUGGGAUGAUUUUCCCGACUAUGCAUGAUGUUUGCAUAGAUUCCUUUCAGGUUCUGUUGGGUUUCAUUGACGGAAACGUUCUCUCCGUGACCAUUUCACCUGCUGAGCAGCGGAUUGGAUCUGAGGCGAAUAGGCAGACUUAGAACUUGUAAUAUCCUGAUGUGGGCUGGACAGUUUCUGCCUGACUCUAGAAAUACCAAAGGAUUUUAUAGAAAUAGCUAGCCUCCAACUUCAUUCUAGCUUCUGCCUAAGCUCUAAAGCCUAUUGGUGUGAAGACAAAAUUAAAGCACAAUAUAGCCUUUAGAUAACCUUCUUUUGGGGCGGGGAGAAGAAAACAAUAGCCAAUAAGCUUCAACAGUUGGAUGUAUAUGAGUUGGAAGGGGGGGGUGGGAGGGUUGUUUGUUUGUUUGUUUGAUUUCACUGCUCUCUCUAAGGUCAUAUGUUUCAUCAUGACAAAUUCCUGAGUACCUGCACUAAGAGUAAACCGAAUCAGGGUAUUCGUUCCCGUGUUGUGACUUCCAAAGCCAGCUAACCUGUUCACUGUUAUUCUAGUUUCCUAGCCAGAAGAGAAACAAAGUCCUCAAAGUCAGUCAUCCUGAGCUAAUAAUCCUUGAGCGGUCUGGAGGCUGAUGGUCCGAGGACAGGCCUUCUUCUGGCUUCCUCCAUUCAACUGCAAAGCAUUCUCUUUAUAAUCUGGAAAACGUUCCAUUUCAAGUUUUUCAAAGUCACUGACACGUAACGUUUGCCUUUUACUAGCUGUGCGGUAACAAUACUGUAUUGGAACUUGCUGUAAACAAACAAACAAAAAUCCCUUCUGGUUUAGUAAGUUCUAUCUUAAGAAAUAUAAUAGUUUAUUUUCAGAAGCGUGUUUAUAUUAGUAGUUUUGUGUUCAGAAACAUGUUUAUACUGUUAGUUUUGUGCUCAGAAACAUGUUUAUACUGGUAGUUUUGUGUUCUGUUUUGUUUUGCAAAACUUCCUUCUAAAUGUGCUAGGGUAUAUUCUCUCUCAAAUACUUUUCUCGUUCAUUCGUGCAGAAGGUACUAACACGACUGAUGCCAUUUUCAUUUAUUACUGGAGAAGUGGAAGGAAAAGGAGUAAGGUGGUAACCCACCCCUCCAUUCCUAUUCGCAGAAGAAGCCUAGCUGAAAGUGUACGUUGAGGAUGAGGGAAAAGCAGAGAAAAGACAUUUUUUAUUUUAAAAACAACCUAACAGUUUAAAAUGUUUGUCUUGUUCGGUGUUUUAAGACUCUAAAUUUUGUUUUAUCUGAAAGAAGUUUUAAGCAAUACCUCCUUUUCUGGAAGAAAUUGAUGUUACUUGUCAGUCAUGUCAUUUUCAUGGAAUUGGUUUCUCUCUAAGAUCGUGACCAAUAAGGAAAUACGUUUCCAUCUAACGCUAAAGUAUAUUCCUUUGUAAGAUUCCAACAAGGAGACAUUAGAAAAGAAUAAAGUACAGGUGUGAACUACAGUGAAAUAUAUUCAUUCAACUGCUUUGAUAAGUGCCAAAAUUGAUGGGCACAAUCUUGUUUACACUUUUAUAGCAGCAAUAAACAUAUUUGAUACACCUGUUUCUGAAACAGA